CGCGGCCCCGGGGGCCCGGUCCGGUUUUGCCGGCAGUCCCCGCAGUGCCGGCGCCGCGUCCCGCUCCGCGCGGCGCCGCGCCACCGGCGCGGCAUGGAGGAGAGCGUCGCGGCCUUCGCGGAGCGCCUCGGAGACGGCGGCAGAGCCCUCCUGAUGCCCCCAGAGCCCAGCCCCGAGCCCUUCCCCGCCCCGGAGCGUCCCCAGGCCGGCGAGGAGCGCGGCUUCCUCCAGGACGCCAGGAGCGCCGCCGAGAACCCGGCGCCGCGCGGCACCGAGCUGGACGAGGACGCGUUCUACGGCGCCGAGGAGCCGGCGGCCACGAGCCGCGAGGGGAAGGGGCCCCAGCUGAGGGAGGAGCCCGACUUCUUCUCCUCGCUGGCCCGGCACGAGCCCGACGUGGCCCUGGAAGCGCACGACGAGGCCGAUGAGCCCGACCCCGCCCUCUCCGGAGCCGUCCCGGCCGCGGCUCACCGGACACAGCUGGGGCCGGCGGCCGAGGAGCGGCCGGCGUUCCCGCGGGCGCUGUUCCGGCCGCUGCCCGCGGCCGCGCCCUGGGGCGCGCGCCCGGCCGAAGGCACGGACGAAAGCACUUUAGAGCGGCGGCCCGGCCCCGGCGACUCCCCGGAGCCGCGCGCGGUCGCCGCCGUCCGACCGCCGGACGGCGACCGGGACGAGCCGGACGCCGGCGGCGCCGCGGCGCCGGGAUCUCCCGAGCCUCGCCCGGCCGCCGCCGAGGAACGAUACCCCCAAAAGGAACCAAAGCACGCGGACGGGCGGAGCCGCGCCGGCGUCCAGAGGUUGGAGUGGAUCUCCAGGAGCCCCAGCCCGUCCUUCCAGGACCUCCGGCCGGCGCCGGACGGAGCGGCCGGCUCGGCCGGCUCGGCCUUCCGCGCUCCGGCCGGCCGGGAAGCGGCGCCGGCGUCGCGCAGAGCCAAAGCCAAAGCCUCGGAGAGCUGCCGGCGGAGAGCGCCGGCGGCCGAGCCGGACGCGGCCGAGCCGGGCUCCGCGGCCGCGCCCGAGUGGGCGCUGCCGGAGCUGGACGCGGUGGGGAAGCAGUCGUGGACGGUGAACGCCGAGGACUCGGUGGAGCGGCUGCCGCCGGAGCCGGCGCCGUGCGGCGCCGCGGCGGUGGAGGUGCGGCCGUACGCCUGCGGCGUGCUGCUGGAGGAGCCGCGCAAGGACGAGGCGCCGGAGCAGGAGGACGAGCCCGGCGUCUUCACCUGCAUCGAGUGCAGCAUCUACUUCCGCCGCAAGGAGCACCUGCUGGAGCACAUGCCGCAGCACAGCCGCGGCGCCGAGCGCGGCGCCGACGCGACGGCCGGCCGCCUCCGCUUCUGCUGCGGCGAGUGCGGCUGGGCCUUCGCCGACCCGGCGGCGCUGGAGCGGCACAGGAGGCUGCACCAGGAGUCGCGGGAGAAGAUCAUCGAGGAGAUCCAGAAGCUGAACGAGUUCCCGGACGAGGGCCGCGAGGCGCGGCUGCAGUGCCCCAAGUGCGUCUUCGGCACCAACUCCUCCAAGAUCUUCGUGCAGCACGCCAAGAUGCACGUCAAGGAGAGGAAGGAGCACGCCAACAGGAGCGCCGGCCUCUUCGGAGAGCUCCGCGACGGCGCCGGGCACGGCCUCUACAAACCCUUCCACGCCGACGAGCUGCCGGCGGCGCCGCCCGGCAAAGCGCCGAGCGCCUGCGUCCUCUGCGGCUUCCCGGCGCCCGACGAGCGCGUCCUCAAGGAGCACCUGAGGUACGCCCACUCCCACUUCUCCUGGCAGCCCGAGAGCUUCGAGGACGACGCCAACCAGCCCGGCACCAGCCGCGAUUCCUACAGCCCCGCCCGGCCCGCCCGCUUCGCCGACGCCGAGGUUUUCGGCAAAACCGAAAAGGGCUUUUCGGAGCGGCUCUUCCCGCCCCCGUGCCGGGAAGGUCCGUCCCUCUACGAGCCCGCCCCGGCCGCCUUCGGCGUGGGCCACCACAGGAGCGACGGGGCCGGCAAGAAGGAGCCGCAGGGAUUCCACCACGCCAGGAAGGCGGCGCCGUAUUCCGCGCCGCACCAAAGUUUGGGCUUUGCCGGGUUCUCCUCGUCCAAAGCCUACUCCCACUCGGCCCUGCAGCAGCUGAGGAAGAGAGCGGCCACCCAACAGCUGGAAGGGGACGGGGACGAGCUCCGCGGCCACCCCGCGGGGCCGGAGGAGCCGCGGCACGGCCGGGCGCCGGCCGGCGCCGAGGAGGAGACGGAGCCGGGGCACGGCCGGGCCGCCGUCGCCGUCGCCGUCCCUCCGGCCGCGCUGGACCUCAAGAGGACCUUCGGCGCCAUCCUGAGGAGCACGGACCCGGCGGUGGCCUCGGAGCAGCAGCGGCACCAGCUGAGGAUGACGGUGCCCGUGGUGGUCCUGGAGGAGAUGAGCGCCCACCCCAGGGCCGGCAAGAGGCCGCGGGGGAAGCCCCUCAAGAGGAAGCUUCUCCCGCCGCGGGAUUUCCUGCUGGAGGAACCGCUGCCCUUGGACGUUCUGCUGCUGGACGCGCCCCUGGAGGGUCCCCUGGAGCUCGAGGACCUCCUGGACUCGGAGGCCACCAUGCUGAAGAACGAGGAGAGGAAGUGCCCCUACUGCCCCGACCGCUUCCACAACGGCAUCGGCCUGGCCAACCACGUGCGCGGCCACCUCAACCGCGUCGGCGUCAGCUACAACGUGCGGCACUUCAUCUCGGCCGAGGAGGUCAAGGCCAUCGAGCAGAAGUUCUCCUUCCAGAAGAAGAAGAAAAAAGGUAUGGCCAACUUCGACCCGGGCACGUUCAGCCUGAUGCGCUGCGAGUUCUGCGGCGCGGGCUUCGACACGCGGGCGGGGCUGUCGAGCCACGCCCGCGCCCACCUGCGCGAUUUCGGCAUCACCAACUGGGAGCUCACCGUGUCCCCCAUCCACAUCCUCAAGGAGCUCCUGGCCACCGCCCCCGAGCACCCGGCGCUGCUGCGCGCCAUGGGGCCCUCCCCCGGCCGCGACCACCGCGACCUCCACGCGGAUCUCCAGCGGGAUCACCACGAUUUCCACCGCGACCUCCACCCGGAUCUCCAGCGGGAUCACCACGAUUUCCAACGGGAUUUCCAGCGGGAUCUCCACGCGGAUCUCCAGCGGGAUCUCCAGCGGGAUCACCACGAUUUCCAGCGGGAUCUCCACCGCGACCUCCACCCGGAUCUCCAGCGGGAUUUCCAGCGGGAUCUCCACCCGGAUCACCGGGACCUCCAGCAGGAUCUCCAGCAGGAUCUCCACCUGGAUCACCGGGAUCUCCACCAGGAUCUGCACCGGGAUCUCCACUGGGACCUGCACCGGGAUCUGCACCGGGAGCUGCCGAAAUCGGCGCCGUUCGCGCCGCCCUGGGGGGAUGAAGUUCUGCAGCCCUACAGGGACGGGGUUUGGAUUUCGGGAUAA